AUGCGGUGUUUCUCCGCUCCCGCUAGAUCUGCUGAAUCCAGCACCGAAGAAGCUGCGCUGCUGUAUCUGGCAGGCUCUGGGUCGAAGCAGGCGAUAUUCCGAUGUUUGGUGCAGUCAGUGACCGCCGACAGGCAUGCAGCCCCAUGGCGAUAUCCAGCGUUGCAACAAGCCCCUGCGGCGCAAGAUGCUCGAAAUUCAGGCAGCGCCUUGACGUCGCAGAGUAAGCCCUUAAAUGAGUUCUUCCAGACUGGGCUCAGGCGUCCUGCAAGUGUAGCUGCCAUCUGCAUCCUGAACGCGCGAUUUUCCAAGCGUUCAGCACCGGCAGCAGCAGGAAUGCGCAGUUCCAAACCUCUCGGACACCCCAGGGGACCUCAAACUGCCCGUUCGCCACCAUGGCCUCAAAUGCAAACGUCAGAACUGCUUGCCGACCUGCAGUGGAUCGCGUCCGAGGAGAGGGGCACCUUAACGAGCCAACUGGGAUCUCACAGGGAUAGCUUGCAGCAGCAGCUGUGCCUCAUUAAAACACUGGAAGCCGCAGACGCAGGGAAGGACACCGCCGCUCUUGCUGCCGCCUCCGCUCUCUUCCAGUGCGAAUGGAAGCGGCAACAAGUGCUGCAGCAGGUGCUGUCCGCUUGCCUGCAAUGCGAACUGCUGCGUUUUGCGUUUCUUGCUGCCUGCUCUUCCGUUUCUCCGAAGGUCUGUGCAUCCCUCGCACGCCCUUUGCGUGUCGCUGCUGCUGCUCGUACCGCCACAGUGGGUGUGUUUUUAAAAGUAGACAGCUGCGAUUCGAUCAUCUGUAUGGGAGCUGCUGGUGCUUUGUCUUUCGCUCAACUACCAUCUGCUGCUCAGAGUGUGGACACGUACUGGGAGAGACUUUGCGGGAUGCCCGUUGUCUUUGAGGAGGGGGGACGUUGCGAGUUAGACGGACUGGACCUAAAGCAGAUGGAGAAGGACCUUAUACGGGAGACUUUCAGUGUCAAUACGCAGCUUUUGAAGGGCGCCGACGGCAUGCAACAGCUGUUGAUCGGCAUCUGCAGACGACUCCGCGAGGCAGAGGAAUCCGCAGCACGAAAGAGCAUAGCAGAGGCAAGGGCAAAUGGAGAAAAUUUCGCAUCCUGCGGCCUACCAGAGACAGUCUCUGCUCUUGUCACCCUCGGACUGCUGCCCACAAAUGUGUGUUGCAUGGAUAGCGAAAACAGUCCAGCGGCGCCGGCAACCCCGGCUGUAUGGACGGCAGUAGCAAGGCUCUGCUGCACAAUUCGUCUGCUGUCCGUCUCUUCUCGCACGCACGGAGGGGGGGCUGCUUUUGCCGCCGUUUUCAGAGCCUUCUCCUGCCCAGCCCUUCCCGUCCUGUUGCAACCCGAUAAUCGAAUUAUCCCAAGUGACCAGCCGCAGGAAGGCGACUUGCAGUCUGUGACGCCGAACGUGACGGAGAUCGUAUUGAGCAGCUUCGCGCAGCAGCAGGAAGGGCCACAAGGGGGGCCUCUUCCCUCUGAUGGUCCCUUGCUGGCUGUCGUUCACACGACAACUCCUUUCAAACUCAUCUUCCCAGAACACGAGCGCUACAGCACCCCUUACGAUGACCAGAGGCAGGAUCCGACGCAGCAAAGCCAACAGGAGGAACUUUUAAAACGUCUUGACAGCGUGACGGUUGCCGCACAUUUCUUUGCUACCUUGCGCAGUGUUUUGCUGCCGCGGCCAUCUGCAGAACUGCGGCAGUUCGACUCUGCCCUGGCUGACCAGGUCCGCACUAGAAGCGACGCAGCCACCGUUAUCGCAGCCGUCUUGACUGAGGAACUGCGGCAAACAGCUGCAAACAGCUGCAGCGAAGCAGGUUUUUUGUGGCUUCCAGUCGAGCGAUCGCAACAGUGGGUGUUGGGGCGCAACAGCGCCGCGUCCGCAGGGGGAGUGCAGGUCGAAGAAGAUGGUCAACCUCCUGGUUUGUAG